AUGAUUUUAAUCGGAGUAUUGAAACAACAAACAAAUAUUUAUCGUUUAUGUUCGUCUUAUUUAUUAAAAUCAAAAAUAAUUUUACCUUAUUCAAAUAAUAAUAGAUGCUUAAGUAUCAAUAGGAGUAAUGAAAAUCAUCGUUCAUUACUUUCAUUUAACUUACCAAUUAUAAUAAAACAACCGAAUCGUCAAAGAAAAUUAAAAUUUAGUUUUGGUUAUACAAAUUUUGGGCAUAGAAGACAUAUUCGACCGCCUGGCCAUCAUAUUGUUCAUUAUAUGCAUUUCGUCUUCAUUAUUAUUGGAGCAUAUGCUAUUUUCUCUUUAACAAAUGUAUCAGAAUUUGAAGAUCGUUGGAGUCAACCAGUGAAUACAAAUCAAAUGGUUGCAACGAAUAGUUAUAUUAACCGAAAAGAGACUGAAAAACGUUUAGAAAUAUUUUCUAAUGUUAAAGCAGCAACACAUUUAAAUGAAAUUGGAACCAAUACAAAUACUUCAAAUCAAGAUUUAUCUCCGGCAAUUCGAAAAAAAGAAAUAAAAUCGAAAGUAUCAUUUCGUGAUAAGAAAAAAAUUGCUUAUGAAAAUCGUAUUCGAGCGUAUUCAAUGCCGGACAAAAUAUUUCGCUACUUUGCAACAUUAAAAGUCUAUAGUGAUGAAAAUCCUGAUGGAAUUAUUUGCAUGACACCUGAUGAUUUUCUUCGGUCAAUAACUCCUGGAAUAAAACAACCCGAUGGUUUAGAGCUAGAUAAAUUUAAUCGUUAUGAUUCUCGCGUUGAUUCAUUGGACAAAUUUGAAUAUUUAAAUAAAAAUAAUAAUGAAAUAUCAAUAUUUGAACGUAUUGGUGGUAAACAAUGUUUAAUAACAUACAGUGAUUUUAUGUUUCUAUUAACAUUAUUAUCAACACCUCGACGUUAUUUUGAAAUUGCAUUUAGAAUGUUUGAUUUGGAUGGAAACGGAAAUUUUGAUUUCGAUGAAUUUUUAAAAUUAAAAAAUUUAAUUCGUUCUCAAACAUCCAUUGGACAAAAACAUCGUGACCAUUCAACAACUGGGAAUAUUUUAAAAGAAAAUUCAAUUUUAAAUAAAUUUUUUUUCGGUGAAAAUCUUGACAAAUUAUUAUCAAUCGAGAAAUUUUUAUUAUUUUAUGAACAAUUGCAAUAUGAAAUAUUAUUAUUAGAAUUUAAUCGUUCAAAUAAAUCUUCGUUUAAUAAAGAACACAUGACUGAAUUAGAUUUUACGAAUUUACUACUGAGUUAUUCCGGUUUGUCUGAAAAGUCAAUUAAAAAAAUUGUAAAACGAAUUAAAAAAUGUUAUCCAGCCGAUGAUCCAACUAAAUCCAAAGGUAUUUCAUUCAAUGAUUAUGAAAAUUUUAAUAAUUUCCUUCAAAAUAUUCACGAUAUUGACAUUGCAUUAACAUUUUAUCACAUCGCUGGUGGAUCCAUUGAUAAACAAAUAUUUCGACAUGUUGCUAAAAUAGUGAAUAAAAUCGAAUUAAAUCAACAUUUAAUUGAUGUCGUUUUUACCAUAUUUGAUGAUAAUCAAGAUGAACUAUUAUCUUAUCUUGAAUUUAUUCAAUUAAUGAAAAAUCGUUUAGAACGUGGACUUCAAAAACCGAAGGAUACCGCUUUCAUUAAACUCUUCUCAACUAUUGUUGCAUGUACUAAAGAAAUUUAUCUCUAA